AUGGUUUCUACCCGCGGGCAUCCAAAAGACUUCCCUGAGCCGGAUCUCACGCCCUCGAAGUCCAGCCCCUCUCGUCGAGGCCGCAGCAACGGUAAAUGGGCGCAUACACCUUCCAACAUCACCAUCGUCUGGCUCCUUAUUUCCCUUCCGCUCGUCGCAUGGGAUACCGGUUAUGUGCUCUUACGACCACACUCCAUGCCCGGAGGGUUUCUGCACUGGCCACUCUGGGUUCCCUAUGAGUUGUACGGCAAGGUGGAUUAUAUAUACGGCUGGAAGGCGUUCAACUCCCGCAACGGCUUCACUGGAGCCCAAGGACUCCUGAAUGCUAUCGAGAGUCUAAUGUAUGUGUAUUACUUGUACAUCGUGUACACGUCUGGCAAGCAGGUUGCGGCUCGGGGACGGGGCGCGCCGCAGACGGCUAUUGCGGGGUUCUGGGGCGAGCAGAGACGGGUUGAGGGGACAAAGGGCGCGCUGGCUGCGUUGGUUGGGUAUAGUGCUGGCCUUAUGACUUUCAGCAAGACAGUUCUCUAUUGGCUGAGUGAGUACUAUUCUGGCUUCGACAACCUGGGACACAACAGCCUUUCGAAUAUUGUUUUCCUCUGGAUCAUUCCAAAGUCCUGCAGUGGAGCUUGGCUUGUCGGCUCGGGGUAUAUUAUCUAUGUAACCGGCAUUGAGAUCAUGCAAGGUCUUACAAUUUCAGCUGGCGGAUCUACGACUACUUCAGACGAUACAUCCCUGGUCAAGUUAGAAUAG